UAGACAAUAUGAUCAUCUUGUUAGUUUUUUUGUUGUGCUUUCUAUUGCUGAUCAGCCACGCUGAGCUGGGAGAAUCAACUUGGGAGUUAUCGAGAAAGGAAGAAUUCCAAUUUGAGCAUCAACUUAUAAAUCUUCAGAAGUCUGCAAUCAAAAGCAUUCAAACAGAUGGAGACAUAUACGAUUGUAUUGACUUCUACAAACAGCCAGGAUUUAAUCACCCUUUUUGGAAGAAUACCACAUUUCAGAUGAAACGUAAAUUAUUUAUGGAAGCAAUGAAAACUAAUGUGAAUUUACCAGUGAGUACUAUUGGUCUAAAAGAUGGAGGUUGUCCUUAUGGAACAGUUCCAAUUAUGAGAAUUGAUGAAGAUGGCUUGACAAGAGCCAAAAUGAAUUCAAAGAUCUUGUAUUUGACAGAACCAGGAUAUCAUUACGCAAUACUUCAAACAAAACCUGAUCUUACUAGGAAGAUUGAAGGAAUUCAAGCAGCCUUCAGUUGCUUCAACGCCAAAGGAGUCGAUGAAUCGCAAUAUAGUUCAUUUCGCAUGACGCUUUCAAACAAUCUUGACAGCAUAAAAACGGGAUUGACGGUAAAUCCAUUGCUAUUUAAAGACAACAAAACUCGUCUGUUUACACAAGUCGUGAUGGACGGGAGAAGACAAUGCUUUAAUUACCUAUGCCCGGGAUAUAUACAACUCAAUCCACAGAUACCUCUAGGUUGGCCAGUCGAUACUAUUUCAGUUAUCGGUGGAGAGCAGUAUGUUAUGAAAUUGCAAGUCCUUAAGGAAUAUAUAAAUAGAGGGGCAAAUACAACAGAAUUGGUGUGGACAUUACGAGUAGAAGCAGUAGAGAAUAGCAUACUUGGUUUUUGGCCAACAAAAGUAUUUAGCAAACUGAGUGAGUUUGGUAACUAUGCUGAUUGGGGAGGAGAAGUUUACAGUCCGUUGGAUCAACCAAGUCCUGCUAUGGGUACCGGCAUCCGUCCACUUGGACACAAAUGGUCAACGGCCUACUCAGCACAUAGUCGUUUUGUUGCACUUGCAUAUCAUGAAGCUGAUUUGCAAUCAAAAUUCGAGAGUCCCAACGAUACAGAGGUGUAUGAAUCUGAUUCAAAAUCAUACAGUAUUUUAGAUAUUGGACAUAAGAGUAAAAUGCCUGGAGACUAUUUGAUUAUAUAUGAUGGCCCUGGUGGAAUACAAAGUAAUUGAACUAAUU